UCUGUUUCUGUUCUGUCUGUUGUGCUGAAGCUUCCAUCCAGGAUGGAUCUAUCUUCCCCAGGUUGGAGUUGUUUUAAGAAAUAAAACUUACUUGUUUUAAUGAACAAGGGAGUGAAAGUGAUUUAUUUCAUAGGCGCUGAAAGCUGGAAAGUUUCCGCUGCUACAAGCUGCAGUUUGAACUGUUAUCUAAACUUCAGAAGAAAGAAUUCCGAGACGUUUAGAAACGAGGCUUGACUUUCGUGAUAGAAGCAGAAACUGCGCAACGGGAGCGCACUGGACAGUUAUCUGCUACGCAGCUUGGACUUGGAUGCAGGCAAAUAGAUGCCUGACAAGCGUGCUAAGCAAGGGGUUUUUGCUACGCUUCUACAACUCUGCUGAUAGGUUAUGGAUCCAAUCAAUACAGCUUUCAUAAGCCUAUGAACUGCUGUGGAAAAGUUGCUGCUCUUUGGAAAGCCGUAAAAAUUCCAGCUGGGAGGUUGUGCAAACAAGGUGCAUCAAUCUCGCUGGUAUCUUCUCUUCCGGAGGUCCGUCUGCUGAAGGAGACUCCAGCCGUUGGAAACGAUGCGACACUUGGGAAGAGUCGCACUCUCUCCAGUAUACUUCGUGAUCAGUGUGAUCAUGAGAAUUUUCUCUAAGCCUCUGCCUCCCAUUACCCUAGAGAAUCCAGAUGUGAAAUAUGCUCUGCGGCUGAUUGACAAAGAGGAGAUUAGUCAUGACACAAGAAAAUUCCGUUUUGCCUUGCCAUCCCCAGAACACAUUCUAGGCCUUCCUGUUGGGCAGCACAUCUACCUCUCUGCAAGAAUUGAUGGGAAUCUGGUGAUCAGGCCCUACACACCAGUUACCAGCGAUGACGACAAAGGUUAUGUGGAUCUUGUUGUGAAGAUAUAUUUCAAAGGAGUUCACCCAAAAUUCCCUGAAGGAGGGAAGAUGUCUCAGUACUUGGAAAGCCUAAAAAUAAAUGACACGAUUGAGUUUCGUGGACCCAGUGGACUGCUUGUCUACAACGGGAAAGGCGUAUUUGCUAUUCGUCCUGAAAAGAAAUCUGAACCGGUUCUUAAACAUGUCAAAUAUGUGGGGAUGAUAGCAGGUGGAACAGGAAUUACCCCCAUGUUGCAACUCAUUCGGGCUAUCAUGAAGGAUGAAGAGGAUCCCACCAUUUGCCAUUUACUCUUUGCUAACCAGACUGAGAAUGACAUCCUGCUACGUCCAGAACUUGAGGAAGUGCAGGCUCAACAUUCAAACCGUUUUAAACUGUGGUACACGUUGGAUAGAGCACCUGAAAGUUGGGAUUACAGCCAAGGAUUUGUGAGUGAAGACAUGAUCAGGGACCACCUGCCCCCGCCACAAGACGACGUUCUCAUCCUGAUGUGUGGCCCCCCUCCAAUGAUUCAGUAUGCUUGCAUUCCCAAUCUGGAUAAAUUGGGAUAUUCCAAAGAGAUGAGAUUUGCGUACUAAAGGGGAAUGGAGGAAUGAUGAAAUCAGAAUGUGUAAGUGGGGAAAAGAAUGGAUGGAAGUGCGUGGAACAACAGGGAACAAGGCAGAAACAGUGCCUGAGGCAAAGGGGUGUUGAAGCUGCAUUCAGAGAGACUGCCAAACUCUCUAUACAAGUUUGGUGUCUUCUUAUUAGUGACACGCUGAAAAUUCUGUAAUGGAUAUCUGUGUUGCAUAUGGUAUCUUUAGCUUCGCUAUGCUUAAUAAAUCUGUUGUAAGGCCACUGGAUUAACUCUUUCACAAUAGAUAGGCAAACUGUAGCCGGCCUCUUGCAUCACCAAAGAGUUUCUUCCUGAUAUAGCACGCUUAUGUGAUGGAAGGAAGAGUUUUCUUGUCACGAAGCUAUACAAUGAGCAGUUUAAGCAUAGCUGUAUUAAAUACACACUGAUCAAUAAUUGAAAUUUCAUUAUUGCCUUUAUUUGAAGAUUGGUGGUUUAGCCAGUUUGGGGUGGGGGGUGGGGAGUGUUGCUUAUUUAAUGAAAAUACAUUAGAAACCUUUGUAUACUGAGAACACACAGCUGAUUUAUUGUCUCACUAUAGAGCAACGUCUUCCUUAAGUUUCUCUUGCUAAGCAUUCCCAAGCAAAGCUUUGUACACCAAGUGUUCCUUAAAAUGCUUCCUCCCUUCUUUAGUAGUGAAGUGUGUAAAACAGCCCAGUGCUGAAGACAUUUAUGUGGAAAUAAGUCCCACUGAUUUUUUAAAAAUGGUAUUUAAGUUGUAAUUGAUUUUUUGGAAGUCGAGUCACGUUUGGAAUGCUGUGGGACAUCAAACAGUUACUUAAAGCUCUAAGUGUGUGUUGUAUAUAUCUUCUUAAACUGUAAGCUUUACAACUGCCAGAAGGGAUCGGAAAGCAGGUAUUCUUUAUUAUCUGGUAAAGAAUGAAGACUUCUACAGAUUCCAGAGAGAUGCACGUAAGGCCUAUUAACUGCAGAGAUAUCGUGUGCAUUUUAACUACUCUUUUUAUAUAGAUCUUUUAUAAGUUGCUAAAUAGCUUUGUUUGUUAAAUUAAAAUUCUGUGGCCAGAUUCCCCCCAAAAUUAAUUCCAUUGUGUAUGAACGUGUGUGUGUGUGAUGAAGUCUCGCAUUCUCGAAUGAGUAAGUUCUAGUCUCUUCCAGACAUCCUUUUUUUAUCUGCAUGGGCUACUAUCCCACUUGGACAUUGGGAUAAAAAGCCACAUUGAAAUGAAGUGAAAACUCUGCAAGCUGUGCAAGCACUCCUCUUGGGUGCCUUCCAGUUAUUUCAGUUGGGGGUGGAUUGUGCACAAACAACUUUAGGCAGACUCUGCCUUCCUUUUGUCCAUUUCAUUAAAACUAGAACUGCAGCCUGGCGUCCCUCCCUGUGCCUUUGCUGUUUUUCCUUCCACCUAGAGAGAACAGGCUCCUCAGUCUAUUUGAGCAUGCUUCUGUCCUGUCCUGUAUGCUGAUUCCAAGGCUCUUCUAUAUCUUGCCCUGAAGCAUCCUGUGGGCUGAGUUGAUCAGUUUCAGGACUGCUGCGUAGCAGUACCAUACUUGCCCUUGUUGGGAGGAGCAAUGUAUGGUGUUUUGAGGAACAAAAGCAAGCCACUACAGUACAUAUAUUUGCUGAAAUCUUUUGAGAAGGGGGUGGGAGGGGUUGCAGCCUGAUUGAAUGCCAGUCAAGGGUGCACAAGUUAGGACCUGGAAAGUGGAAGAGCAAGAGGCCGAAGAAGAUAGAACAAAACACUAGAAUGGUUUUACUUCUGUGUGUGCUAAAUUCCUCGAUUGCUUAUUUUCUGCCACAAGAGUUGCUUCAAAGUCCAUGUAACUAUCUUUUUGCUUAAUAUUUUUGUAUAUCACUGUGGGCAAAGGGAGCCUUAACUUUUUAAUAAAUGUAUUAUUGAGGUGUUGAACAGCUCUGGCUCGCCUCACACAAACUCUCUUGUAGGACACAUCCUACCUGUUCAGCAAUUAAAUUUUCCAACUGCAACGUGGUAGAAAUAAAACUUUUUUUGCUUA